AUGGCGACCAUGGAUCUAUUGUUUGUUAUCUUUGAGAUUAUACUAAGCAAAAUCAAAAACGAUUAUUUCCCUGAUUCAUUCUUGGACAUCACCCCGGCUUGUAGUGUUCGCUAUGCCCUGCGCCGUGCAAUCUUAGACUGUUCUGUUUGGUUUACUAUUGCUUUCACACUGGAUAGACAUGUCACAAUUUGUUGUGAGAAGUUGAAAUCUAAAUUUUGUACGAAGAAAACUGCAACUGUGAUUCUAACAACAACCGGAGUUCUGUUCUGUUUGAAAAACAUUCCCAUCUACUUUAGAUUUCAACCAUCAAAAAUUAUAGGCAGCAUACAAUGGGGCUGUUCUAAUUCAGAUGCCUAUUAUAAUGACCCCGUCUGGGAAGGAUUUAAGAAUUUUGAAAAGAUUUUAACUCCAGUAAUCCCGUUUGCUUUAAUUCUGUUCCUCAACACUCUGACAGUGAAACAUAUUUUUGUGGCCAGUCAAGUCCGUAAGGGUCUGAAGGGUCAGAGUAAGAAAGACAAUCACAGGGAUCCAGAGAUGGAGAAUCGAAAGCAGUCAGUGAUCUUACUCUUCUCCAUAUCAGGUUCCUUCAUUUUUUUGUGGCUGUGGUAUACUUUAUAUUAUUUUGAUGUUCAUGAUCCUUUAGACAGUGAUGGCGAGUAUACAUAUAAACAUGUUGCAUAUAUGUUGCGAAAUUUGAAUUGCUGCACAAACACCAUUAUCUAUGUAGCAACUCUCUCCAAGUUCAGAGAGAAGCUCAGGAACCCAUUGGAAGCCAUUUUUACAUAG